CCCCCUCCCCCUCCCCCGCCCCUCCCCCCGCCCCUCCCCCCGCCGGGGGUGUCGCGCGCCGGUGGCACCAUGUCCUAUGUCCCCUUCCGAGAUGUGCGCGGAGCCCCCCUGGGCCGCGGGCCCUACGCCCCCUCCCCCUACGAGCGCCCACCCUGGAACCCCCGGUUCUGCAUCAUCUCCGGCAACCAGCUGCUGAUGCUCGAUGAGGAGGAGAUCCACCCGCUGCUCAUCCGGGACCGGCGGGGCGAGCCGUGCCGGAGCAAACUGCUGCGGAGAACCGUCAGCGUGCCGGUGGAGGGGCGCCCGCACCCCGAGCACGAUUACCACGGCGGCCGCUCCCGCAGGAAGAGCGUUCCCGGGGGGAAGCAGUUCAGCAUCAACAUGGACGCGCCGCCCGCACCCCCCUUCCGGCCCUCGCAAGGCUUCCUGAGCCGCCGCCUCAAGAGCUCCAUCAAGCGCACCAAGAGCCAGCCCAAGCUGGACCGGACCAGCAGCUUCCGGCAGAUCCUGCCGCGCUUCCGCAGCGCCGACCACGACAGGGCGCGGCUGAUGCAGAGCUUUAAGGAGUCGCACUCGCACGAGUCACUGCUGAGCCCCUCGAGCGCGGCCGAGGCGCUGGAGCUGAACCUGGACGAGGAUUCCAUCAUCAAGGCCGUGCACAGCAGCAUCCUGGGCCAGGAGUUCUGCUUUGAGGUGACAACAGCGUCGGGCACCAAAUGUUUCGCCUGUCGGUCGGCGGCCGAGAGGGACAAAUGGAUCGAGAACCUGCAGCGCGCCGUGAAACCCAACAAGGACAACAGCCGGCGCGUGGACAACGUGCUGAAGCUGUGGGUGAUCGAGGCACGCGACCUGCCGCCCAAGAAGCGCUACUACUGCGAGCUGUGCCUGGAUGACAUGCUGUAUGCACGCACCACCAGCAAGGCCCGCACCGACAAUGUCUUCUGGGGCGAGCACUUUGAGUUCAACAACCUGCCGGCCGUGCGCACCAUCCGCUUGCACCUCUACAAGGACACCGACAAGAAAAGGAAGAAGGAUAAGAGCAACUAUGUGGGCAUGGUGAGCAUCCCCAUCGCCAGCGUCACCGGGCGCCACUUCGCCGAGCAGUGGUACCCCCUGAGCCAGCCCAGCGGCAGCAAGAGCAAGGCCGGCUGCCCGGCACUGCGGGUCAAGAGCCGCUUCCAGACCAUGAGCAUCCUGCCCAUGGAGCUCUACAAGGAGUUCGCCGAGUACGUCACCAACAACUACCGCAUGCUCUGUGCCGUGCUGGAGCCAGUGCUCAGCGUCAAGAGCAAGGAGGAGGUGGCCUGUGCGCUGGUGCACAUCCUGCAGAGCACCGGCAAGGCCAAGGACUUCCUGUCGGACAUGGCCAUGACGGAGGUGGAUCGUUUCAUGGACCGGGAGCACCUGAUCUUCCGGGAGAACACCUUGGCCACCAAAGCCAUCGAGGAGUACCUGAAGCUCAUUGGCCAGAAAUACCUCAAGGACGCCAUUGGCGAGUUCAUCCGGGCGCUCUACGAGUCAGAGGAAAACUGCGAGGUGGACCCCAUGAAGUGCUCGGCCUCCACUCUGGCCGACCACCAGGCCAACCUGCGCAUGUGCUGCGAGCUGGCACUCUGCAAGGUGGUCAACUCCCACUGCGUGUUCCCGCGGGAGCUGAAGGAGGUGUUCGCCUCGUGGCGGCUGCGCUGUGCCGAGCGCGGGCGCGAGGACAUCGCCGACCGCCUGAUCAGCGCCUCGCUCUUCCUGCGCUUCCUGUGCCCCGCCGUGAUGUCCCCCAGCCUCUUCGGCCUCAUGCAGGAGUACCCUGACGAGCAGACAGCGCGGACGCUGACCCUCAUUGCCAAGGUCAUCCAGAACUUGGCCAACUUCACCAAGUUUGGGAGCAAGGAGGAGUACAUGGCAUUCAUGAACGAGUUCCUGGAGCUGGAGUGGGCCAGCAUGCAGCAGUUCCUGUACGAGAUCUCCAACCUGGACACGCUGACCAACAGCACCAGCUUCGAGGGCUACAUUGACCUGGGCCGCGAACUGUCCACGCUGCACGCACUGCUCUGGGAGGUCAUGAGCCAGCUUAGCAAGGAGGCGCUGCUGAAGCUGGGCCCGCUGCCGCGGCUGCUGACCGACAUCAGCGUGGCGCUGCGCAACCCUCACCUGCAGCGGCAGCCGAGCCAGGGCGAGCGGCUGCCACCCAAGGGACUGGUGCUGCGUGGGCCCUCAGCCGACCUGCAGCCCUACCUCGUGCGCGAUCUCAACAGCUCCGUGGAUCUCCAGUCCUACAUGGUCCGGGGGCUCAACAGCUCCAUGGACGUGCCGCGCCUGCCGUCCCCGCCGCAGGAGAAGGGCCCUCCCGAGGUGCUGGUCCUGAGCCGCCCGCCGCUCGCCCGCUCCUCGCCCGCCUACUGCACCAGCAGCUCGGACCUAACCGAGCCCGAGGGCGGCCGCGGGGGCGCGCUGGGGGUCGGCAAGAGCGUGUCCAUGCUGGACCUGCAGGACGGACGCGUGGACAGCAUCCCCAGCCUGCCGGCCGAGCUGCUGGCCGGGGGCGCGGCCCCCGGGGGCGCGGGCCAGGGGGGGCUGCGGCCCGGGCGCCUCUCGCAGGGCAGCGCCUCCAGCCUGGCCCCGCCGCGCCUGGGCGUGCCCGAGCCCGGGGGUCCGCAGCUGCGGGUGCCGCUCUCCUUCCAGAACCCGCUCUUCCACCUGGCCGCCGACGGGCCCCUGCGCGGCCCCGACGGGGGCGGAGGGGGCGGCGGGAGGGGCGAGGGGAGCGGCGGAGAGGGGGGACACUUCGGGGGCGUCCCCCCGCCGCCGCUGCACGGCUACAGCAAGAGCGAGGAGCUGGCGACCCCUCCCCAAAAACACAUCACGCACAGCCACAGCUACAGCGACGAGUUCGGGCGGCCGGGCGGCGACUUCGGCCGCAGGCAGCUGUCGCUCCAGGACACGCUGCCCCCCCCCCAGAUCACCAUCGGGGCCCCCCCGCCGCCCACCCCGCGGGGGUCGCGGGCGGGGAAAGGGGGCGGGGGUCCCUCGGCGCUGGGGGUGCCCCAGAAGCCGCGCCCGGCCAGCGGGAACCUGCUGGCCUCGCCCGAGCCCGCCUACGGCCCGGCCCGCUCCCGCCAGCCCUCGCUGGCCAAGGAGGCCUCGGUGGCCGGCAUGAAACCGCCCGUCACCAAGCAGGCGUCGCAGACGCCGUCCACGCUGAACCCGGUGCUGCCGGCGGCCGAGCGCACGGUGGCCUGGGUGUCCAACAUGCCGCACCUGUCGGCCGACAUCGAGAGCUCGCACAUCGAGCGCGAGGAGUACAAGCUCAAGGAGUACUCCAAGUCCAUGGACGAGAGCCGGCUGGACCGGGUGAAGGAGUACGAGGAGGAGAUCCACUCGCUGAAGGAGCGGCUGCACAUGUCCAACCGCAAGCUGGAGGAGUACGAGCGGCGCCUGGUGACGCAGGAGGAGCAGACCAGCCGCAUCCUCCUGCAGUACCAGCAGCGCCUGGAGCUCAGCGAGAAGCGGCUCCGGCAGCAGCAGCAGGAGAAGGACUCGCAGAUCAAGAGCAUCAUCGGCAGGCUGAUGCUGGUGGAGCAGGAGCUGCGCAGGGAUCACUUGGGCGCCCACGACCCGUCCGAGGGCCGGCGGCGGCUGCUCGACGCUCAGGUGGAGAGGCAGCUUUCCGCCGUGGGUGCAGCAGACCAGGGUGUGAUUUGGGGGGCCGGGGGGGUCCCCGGGCGGCCCCCGCCUCCGCCCCCGCCACCCCCGAUCACGGCCAACGGCUGCGAGCGGCGCGGCCCCGCUGCUGAGCACUGACCCCCGCCCCGGGGGUCGCCGGGACCCCCCCAGAAACCGCACCCGCACCCCCCUUCGAUCCCCCUGACCCCCCCAGCCCUGGGGGAAAAGGGGGAAAGGGGAGGGCGGGGGGGGGGGAGCACCCGGAGACCCCCGGGGUGAGCAGGAGGAGGAGGAGGAGGAGGAGGAGGCGAGGGGAGCUCGCCCUGGGGGGGGUCUCACGCGAGUAAUUCGGGGGGAUUUGCGCGAGGAAUUUUUGGGGUCCUCGUGCAGCAGAUCCUUGUGCAAAGGGCUCCUCGUGCGGGGAAAGUGGGGGUCGGGCCAGGAUUUGGGGUCCCCGUGUGACAAUUUAGGGUCCCCGUGUGAGGAUUUUGGGGUCCCCUGGAAGGGCUCCUCGUGCCACCAUCUUCUCACGUCACCAAGAGGAAUUUGGGGUCCUUGUGCUGGAGCCCCUCGAGUGUCACCAGCUCCUCACCGAGGGCUCCUUGUGGCACCCAGAGGAAUUUGGGGGGCUCCGAGUGGCAGCGGGACCAGCCCAGCCCUCGCGAGGGUCCCGAGUGCCACCACGUCCUCGUGUCACCAAGAGGAACGGGGGGGGGGGGGGGGGGGGGGGCUCGUGUAAGAGCCCCUCGGGUGCCACCAGCUCCUCGAGUGCCACCAGCUCCUCGAGUGCCACCAGCUCCUCUGGUGCCACCAGCUCCUCGCGCCACCAAGAGUCCCCCGAGUGUCACCAGGACCGGCUCAGCCCCCCUGUGCGGGUCCCUGGUGUCACCGGGGUCUCUCUCUGUGUCACACGCCGCCCUCGGGCAUCCACCGGCACCCCCCGAGCACCGGGACCCCCGAAUUUCACCGUCCUCGUGCACCGGGGCCCCCCUCAGGACCCCCCCCUCAGGCAUCAGGACACUCGAGUUUCCCCUCCCCCUUCCUCGGGCACCGGCACCACCGGCCCCCCCCCGCGAGGAACCGGGACCACCGGAGACGCUCCCACCCCAUCAGUCAGCGCCGUCACCGUGCACCGGGGCCCCCCCACGAGCAUUGACCCCCCUCGGGCACCGGCACCACCGGACCUCCCCUCAAACAUCGCCAGCCUCAGGCACAGGGACCACCGGAGACCCCCCCCGAAUCACCGAGCACCGGGACCCCCCUGUGCAUCCCCCUCCCGUCGUGCACCAGCACCGAGACUGGACCCUCUUCGUGCACCGGGACCCCCCCGUGCAUUGACCCCCCCUCACCGAGCACCGGGACUGGGACUGGACCCCCCCUCGAAUCCCGGGAACCCCCCGGGUACCUGGACCCCCCGGGAAGCGCCACGCCCGUGCACCGGGCCCGGUCCCCCCUUUGUGACCCCCACCCAUCACGGGGUUCUGCCCCCUCCCCUUUGACCCCCCUGGUGCCGCGGGACCCCCGGGAACAGCGCCGGGACUGGGGGGGCCCCAAGCGCUGGGGGGACACAGGGGGUGCCCAGCACCGGGGGGGUCCCUUGGGGCUCCGUCCUGUCCCCCCCCCGUUAUCAGCCGGGACCCCUCGUUAUCACCAGGGUCCCCCCCAAUUUACCAGGACCCCCCCAUUCACUGCUUCCCCCCUUCACCGACCCCCAAAGCGCUGGGAACCCCCGAGCCAUGAGCCCCCCCCAGCGCGCCAGGACCCCCCACUCACCUCCCAGCCCCCAUCCAUGGGAACCCCCCCUCACCACCCCCACACUCACCAGGACCCCCCAGUCCAUGGGACCCCCCACACUCACCACGACCCCCCCACACUCACCAGGACCCCCCAAUCCAUGGGACCCCCCACAUUCACCAGCCCCCCCCCCCACUCACCACGCCCCCCCUUGAUUGAACCCCCCCGAAACGCCCCCAGCCCCUCCACCCCGGCCCCCCUGAGCCCCCGGCCCGCGUCGGGCCCCGCCGGGGCCGGGCUGGCUCCACCCCCCGGGGCCCCCCUGAGCCCCCCGGACCCCCCGAGCCCCCCCGGUGGGGCCGGGCUGGCUCCACCCCCCGGGGCCGCCGCUGCGCGGAGCCUUUCAAUAAACGCUGAUCGGUCUUGUA